AUGCACACUUACCAGCAAAGCCACCCCGGCCAUACUUGCCAUAUUUGCUUGGAGUGUUGGGGAUGCGGAUGUUUGCGUCAUACCCAUGGGCGCCUCUUGCGACAAGUGCUCUCUACGAUCCUCUUGAGCAGCAUUGCAUUGGCCUUCGCCAGCAUGGGGGCGUUGUUGUGCGGCAACGUGGUCCAUCACCUUAUCUUAGGAAAGGACAUCAUGCACUCUCGGAUCAUCAAUCUCAGCAGCUCCAGGAGUUCUGAGGUGGUCCUGAUGUUGAACGACACUGCCAAUGCGGUCUUGGCAUGUGAGCAGGCGAUCAUCAAAGCCAAGUUGGAUCGGUUGAAUCCCACAGAUCUCCAGUCCAUCGACACGGCCAUCGCGCUGCUGUCCAACGAAGUCCUCAUGACGUCCAACGUGCAUGGACUGCGGCUGGUCCUCACAGGUGCCAAUCGCCGCAGCAUCGUGCCCCCCACGGCGCUCGGCGUGGCCGAGCCAGACAUGGCCAUGGAUCCGACCUCGAGAUCAGGUCGACCUCGAGCGAAGUCGGAAGGUCCUGAUGCGAGUGACGUGCGGGCCUCCGCCCUGGUGUCUCACGAAUUGUAG